GGAGCAACUACAUAUACCACCUCGCUGGACACUUGUCACUCACUUAUCAACUCGCUGACCAACGUUGCAUAGCCUCUUUUUGACAGACGGUAUUAAUAUCGUGGUCGUGUGGUUUUCAUCGUCGGUUUAGAGUCUUACAGCAGUGAAAAUCGUAUUUCAGGCUGAGACAGCGAGCUUUUCUUCAUCGCCCGUUUGAAUCUCUAUAAUAUUGAAAAAUUAUAAUACAAUGGCCGCCGUUGCAGCUGCACAGAAAAAUCGUGAAAUGUUCGCUAUCAAAAAAUCUUAUAGCAUCGAGAACGGUUAUCCGGCAAGGCGACGCUCUUUGGUGGACGACGCCAGGUUCGAAACGUUGGUAGUAAAACAAACUAAACAAACUGUUCUUGAUGAAGCCAGACAAAGAGCAAAUGACACAUUAGAACCUGAGAUAAUCGAUGAUACUCCAAUUCAAAAAGACGCCGAACAAACAACAGAAGACGAUACGGGUUUGACAGAAGAAGAAAUUGUACUAGCCAAUGCGAUCGCCGAAGGCCCGGAAGCAGAAAAAGCCAGUCAAAGAGCCGCCUUGAUUUUGCGUUUACGCGAAGGAAUGAACUCACUUUCGCGCGUACUUAAAACCGUCGAAAAGUACCAAGGUAUAGUUAUCCACUUGGAGACUCGUCCAAAUCAACGAGACAAUGGACAAUUGGAUGCUUUGAUCAAGAUCGAAAUGACACGUGUCAAUCUACUACAACUAAUCAAGGGUCUCAGACAAUCAGGCACUUUAGAACACGCUACACUCAUAGGCGAAGACAACAUUUCUGCUAAAAAUCCAUGGUUCCCGAGACAUGCAAGCGAAUUAGACAGCUGCAAUCAUUUGAUGACCAAAUAUGAACCAGAUUUAGAUAUGAACCAUCCAGGAUUUUCUGACAAAGAAUACAGAGCUAGAAGAAAAGAUAUCGCAGAAAUUGCUUUUGCAUACAAAUAUGGAGAACCAGUUCCUCACAUCGAAUAUACAGAAACAGAAAACAAAACUUGGAACGCCGUUUUCACUACAGUAUGUGAACUCAUGCCGAAACACGCUUGCGCAGAAUACAGGAAGGUUUUCAAGAUUUUACAAGAAGAGAAAAUAUUCACACCACACAAAGUACCCCAACUUGAAGAAAUGUCCAAUUUCAUGAAAAAACGUACAGGUUUUACUCUACGUCCAGCAGCAGGUCUACUUACAGCCAGAGAUUUUUUGGCUUCGUUGGCUUUCAGAAUUUUCCAAAGUACACAAUAUGUUCGUCACACUAAAACUCCUUUCCACACACCAGAACCAGACUGCAUCCAUGAAAUUCUAGGACACAUGCCGCUUCUCGCCGAUCCAAGUUUUGCACAAUUUUCACAAGAAAUUGGACUUGCAUCUCUCGGAGCCUCCGAUGAAGAAAUUGAAAAAUUAUCUACCAUAUACUGGUUUACUGUUGAAUUUGGUCUAUGUAAAGAAAAUGGCGAAACUCGAGCUUACGGAGCCGGUCUCCUGAGCGCUUACGGCGAACUUCUUCACGCUCUAUCUGAAAAACCCGAACACAGAGCUUUCGAUCCAGCAAAAACUGCCCUUCAACCUUACCAAGAUCAAGAAUACCAACCGGUUUAUUACGUGGCAGAGAGCAUUGAAGAUAUGAAAGAUAAAUUCAGAAGAUGGGUAUCUCAAAUGUCCAGACCGUUCGAAGUUAGAUUCAAUCCGCAUACAGGAAGAGUGGAAGUCCUAGACUCCGUAGAUAAACUAGAAUCACUUGCACAUCAGUUGAAUACCGAAAUUAUGCACUUGACGAAUGCCAUCAAUAAAAUGAAAGCUCCGGUAAUAUAAAUUAGAAAUUUGGAUAUAGCGUUUGGCUGAGUUGGUGUGACUGUGUUCUGAUUUGGAAGAUGUUGAAAAAAGUAAACUAUUCACUUAAUUGAUUUGAGGAUUAUCACAAAAUAUAUAUGAACUUUUUUCUAAUUGACCAAAUAAUUGCUAUUUAUAUUAUGUAUGAUGAGACUUUGCCAAACUAUUUCCAAAAAAAAAAAAAGAUUUACAGAUAUUACAGAUCAUCGAAAAUUAUUCAACGUGUGUAUAAAGUCGUUCUAGUUGUAUAUUAUAAUAUUGUGAAUUACAUAAAUGAGUGAAGCCGUUGAUUACACGUCACAAUGUCUAAGAAUGUCCUCGAUAACAUCAGUGACGGUUUCAAACUAAAUGUUAGUGUUUACUAUAAAUGUGGAUUAUUUAAAUUUUGCACGUCACUGAUUUGAUUAUUUUAUGAAAUAUUUAUUUUCACGAAUUUAUGUAAUUCCUAUUCAUACUUAGAGUAUUAUUAGUAGUGAGUGUAGCUUUGUGAUUUCACAAUUAGUGCACCACUAAAUAUAUCUGCGAUAAAUAUGUUUGUUGUAUAGGGUGGAUCUCGCCUUUCCUGUAUUAUUAUUUUUUUUUUCAUUAUUAUUUUUUUAUUGCGCAUAAUGCAUGCCCCGCAAAUAUUAUUUAAAUAAUUUAAAUUAAUUUUAUUUAAUGCACCUGCACGAGAUUGUUAAGUUAAAUGUAUUAUAGAUGUAUAUGAGAAACAUAUAUUGAAUAAAAAAAUGUGCAAAUAUUAAAA